UGAAGAAAAAUGAAGUGAUAUGUCUGGUUGAAGCUUCAUUAUACAGGAUAAGCUGAGGCGCAUAAUCUCUAAUUAUUCUGUUAACAUACACAGCUCUCUGUAAUGGCCAUAUUCUCUGUAAACGUAACUACUUCACCUUCUCCAUCCAUUCUUCAACGACGUCGUUUUUCCACCCUUUCAUCCUCUACUCAUCUACUACUACAUGGUUCACUCCUGCAAAAUAGGAAAUUUGGGGUUUUCGAGUUGUUAGGUUUCAGACCAUUUUCUUUCAAUUGGAGGAGGAGAACUUUAAUGUGUGCAGCCAAUCAAGAUGCAAAGGAAGCAGUCAAAGAAAUCGGCGAAACUGAUGGCCUUAUAGGUGUACUUGGUGAAGUUGAUUCUCUUCAAGUACAUGACAAAAGUAUUGAAGCUUGGUCGCAAUUCGCCAGAAGAAUAUCUGGUGAAUGGGAUGGAUUUGGAGCAGACUUCAGUAAUCAAGGGAGCACAAUUGAACUGCCAGAGUCGGUGGUUCCUGAAGCGUACCGAGAGUGGGAGGUCAAAGUAUUUGAUUGGCAGACUCAAUGCCCUACUCUUGCUAACCCAGAGGAUCAGGUUCUUGAGUACAAGUCCAUUCAGUUACUUCCCACCGUUGGAUGCGAAGCCGAUGCUGCUACCAUAUACAGUUCAGAUGAGAGGAAAGUUGGUGGGGAAAACAGUGGAGUUACUGCCUUUGCUUACCAAUCCAGUGGCUCUUAUGUUGCUGUCUGGCAAAAGAAGGGUGACUUAAUAGAGUUGGAGUACUGCUUGAUCAAUCCUCAAGAUUUUGAAUCUCGGGUUAGGAUUAUUCAGCAUAUCCGUGUUUCAAAUGAUACAGAGAUGAAGCUGCAGGGUAUUCGAGUAUUUCGCGAGCAGUGGUAUGGACCAUUCAGAAAUGGCGAUCAACUGGGAGGUUGUGCUAUCCGUGAUUCUGCUUUUGCUUCGACACCCCCCAUGAACGCUUCAGAUAUUGCUGGUAUCUGGCAAGGAUCUAAAGCUGUCACCACUUUUGGCACUGGGAACACUGAGAUCCUCCGAGAGCUUUUCGAUGACAAGACGCAGAACUCUGUUAGAGAUGGAGAAAACAAUGUAUUACUUCCUAAGCAACUUUGGUGUUCACUUGAACAAAACAAAGAUGGCGAAACUCUAAGCGUAGUGGGAUGGCUUUUAGAUCAUGGGCAGGCAAUCACAUCAAACUGCAUAUUCUCAAGCACUGCAGAGCUAAAGGAAAUAUCAAUAGCGUUAGAAACUAGAGCCUUGGAACGUGUAGUAUAAGCCGUAGUGGUAAUCCAUUCUGGUCCAAAUUUGUUUACAUCCCUAAACGGCAUCACAAUACAAGGUGAAGUUCGUGUAUAAAUAUGAUAAUUUGUUGCAAAAGUUUGCCUUAUUUAUAUAAACUCUAUUGAUCGUUUUUUUUUUUAAAUAAAUAAAUUAUGAUAGCUUGUUUCCGUGUGUUUAGUACUUUAUGUUUAAAGGUUUAUUUGCACAUUCCUGGAACUUAUAUUGCACGGAGAUGAAAAUAUCAGUGCAUGUAUAUUUGAAAGUCCAACACGUUGGGUUAUGUAACAACCUUCAUGGUAAUAUUACAAUGGUUAAGUCAUGUACGUUGCAAGUACAUUUGAUUGAUAUAUAUUGGGAAUUUGGGACCUUGGUUA